AUGUUCUCCUCGUUCCUUCGCCCUAAACAUCGCGGCCGUCGCCUAGCUGACCCCGAUCGCCUCCCCCCUUCUUCCCCGACAUCCGGACCAGCCUUCCAGGCACGUCCUCCACACCGACACGCGACGGCAGACUUCACCGAAGCCGAUGACGAUGACGAAGACUCGAACGAACCGAGAAUGGGCCCACUGCAGGAUGAGGAGCCAGACCCGAACGACGAGGAUGGAGUUCGCCGUUCCAUGCCCGUGCUCCCUCUCUUCUCGGCCGCAUAUCUGGACUCGCUGCCCAUCUACAACAUUACCCACGCGAUUCGCAUCAUUGUCCAGACGCGCACCGAGACGACCCUCACAUGGGAACAGCUUCGCUCCCCCCAGGUAUCUCAGUUCUUAGUGAAGCCCAUGCAGCAACAGAUUCGGACCCAACACUUCUCAAGAGCUACCCUUUAUGCCCUAAUGGCAAACUGCCUGCAGUUCCAAAAGGAGGGCCAGAUGUUUCCUGGCAAUGCGGGCACUAGCGUCACCCGGGCUAAGGUCUGCGAGUUGCUCGCCUUAAAGCUCCUAAAGGAAUACACGACCCGGGAGCUUAUCGACGCCCUGUCCUACGAUUUCUACCCGCUCCAGGGCCUCCCCGGAGCCAGUCUCCCUCCUGCCAACGCGAAUACGGAUUCCAGGAUCAAGGCGGGGCUCACUGCCUCGAGGACCUCGACUCUCGAGGUUGCCAUCCGUGCCUCGGCUAAGCACUUUGUUGCGCACCCGCUUGUCGUGCAACAGCUGGAAGCCAUCUGGAGCGGUGCCAUCUCCUUUUACUCCUCCGCGGACACAUUACACCGUGGCCCGCCGUCGACUCCUGUCCACCCAGGCAUUAAGCCCGAUUCUAGGACCCCACUCCUCGGAACCCAAUCCCAGGACCGGGACACCGCGCUCCGUGGCGCCGGUAGAAGGACCGUGAUCCUAUACGACCCACGCCAGGCUUCUCUCUUCAAACUAUCGCGUCUUCGUGUUCCCCGGUACAGGUUCUUCCUCUCCACCUUGUCCCUGUUGGUCCUGAUUGGUCUUUUCCUGGCUGUGCUCGCCCAGAGAUCUACGCGGAUUACCUCCCUGGAAUUGAUUUUCUGGUUUUGGUCUGCCGGCUUCAUGCUGGAUGAGCUGGUUGGAUUCAACGAACAGGGGUUCUCGCUCUACAUCAUGAGCUUCUGGAAUAUCUUCGACCUCGGCAUCUUGGUUCUCCUGAUUGUGUACUACGGCAUGCGUGCUUACGGCGUGUUCCUCGUUGACCCUAAGCAUUGGAACGACCUGGCGUAUGAUGUGCUGGCUGCGAACGCCAUCCUUCUCCUGCCACGCAUCUUCAGCGUCCUGGACCACUAUCAGUAUUUCUCGCAGCUACUGAUCGCCUUCCGGCUCAUGGCCGUGGAUCUAGCGGCUGUUCUGAUACUCGUGCUGGUCGCUUGCAGUGGUUUCUUUGUAUUCUUCACCUUGGCCAGGAACCGCAACGACGCCUCUGAGGUGGCAUAUAAGAUAUUCCAGAUCCUCAUGGGGUUUACACCUGCUGCGUGGAGCGUCUGGCCAACCUAUAGUUUCCUCGAAAAGGCGUUGAUGGCACUGUUCCUCAUCAUCUGUCACUUUGUUGUGGUUACCAUCCUCAUUACUGUCCUGACCAACUCAUUCAUGAAGAUAGCAUCUAAUGCUACGGAAGAGCACCAAUUUCUGUUCGCUCUUAAUACCAUCUCCAUGGUCAAGAACGAUGCUCUGUUUUCUUACGUGGCUCCCGGCAACAUCUUUGCAUGGCUGCUCAUGCCGCUUCGAUAUUUCUUGCCAUUGAAGCAUUUCGUGUUGCUGAAUAGGUCCAUUAUUAAGGUCACGCACUUCCCUCUCCUCUUCUGCAUUUACUUGUACGAGAGGUACUGGCUAGCAUCUUCCAUGUUCGAGCCGACAGACCUCGUUGAGAACCCAGGUCGCGGUCAUAGCAGGGGACUUUCCUUUGUGGACCCUUCGAGUCGGACAGCACUGUUCAGUCCCAACGUUCGUGUUCGAGAGGAAUCCAUUGUUGGGUUCCAGAAGGACCAUGCCCUUGAGGAGGUCUUCCGCAGGGGGCCCGGGCUUACCACUUUGCGGAACCAGAGACGGUACGAGCGGAGGAAGACCCAGAACGCUAUCCGAAGUUGGAUGGACCAGCAUGAUGAAGCUGGGGGCUCACCUCGCCCUCGUGAUUGGCCGACCCUCGAGAGCCGAGCUCCCAAAUCACACUGGCAACGGAGGUUCAGCAUGAACCGAGCUUUCGGCCCCAGCCGAUCUCGACAGUUCUCCGACAUUCGGUCGGCAGCAAGCGACCCUGCAGACUUGAUGUCACAGAGCAACGCACCGCUGGGAUCGUUGAAUCGGAGUUACGUGUUCCGACCCAAGAGGGAUGACGAGUUGCGAGAUCAUACCGACGCCGACGGGGACGACGAAUUGGUGACGAACGACGAAGAGGAAGAAGAAGACGCAGCUACAAAUACGGGGGAAGAUGGGCAUAAAGGAAAGAGCGUGCAGGCGCAGGAGGUGGACUACUUCACAACACCCAUGACUAGUCGGUUUUCCCCGGCGGCAGCAUCUGCAUCCCCCCAGGACGCGAGCAGUAAAGCGCCAGGGGCGGUGUCGCCCCGUUCAGGGAACCCACGCCGGUUAGGUUUGCAUAGCCGGACGCUGUCGACGAAUACCAUCCUGUACGUCCCGCAGGAAAACCGACGCGACAUCAGCACAUCGUCGGCGUCCCCGGUGGAACAGGCAACGCCAGCCCGUUCGCAGCCGUUGAGUGCUCGUGCGUCGAUAGUCGAGACGCCUUCGGGGAGCCGCCAUCGUUCGCCACGGCGGCGGUUGUACAUGGCAACGUCGAAGCCGCGGCCCAUCGUGGCGCCGAGGGAGAUGGCACAGACGGCGCCCAAUCGAAUCCUGGCUCCGCCGUUGGAGCCACGUCAGCGACCCCCCGGCGGCGCAAGGCGGCUCUCCUCGGUCGACGUCAGCACCAUGUCCGACAAUACGAAUCUUCUGGCGGCGGCGGCGGCGGCCAAUGACCCUACGGCAGGGUUGCCUUCCAGCUUCCAGACGCAAAUGGCCAUGGCUCUGAUGAAGGAUUCCCGGUUCGGGGCCCCGACGAUCGAUGCCGCAGACCGAGACCGCAUGGGCCGGCUCGUGCUAGCGCGGAUGAAAACGCUGGAAGAGAGCUUCGCGGAUGUGGCGCGGGAGUUGAGGGAACUGAAGAGCAAUACGGCUUCGACGGCCCCGCCGACAAGGCGCAACUCGUCAGGCGAGGAUCUGAAAGGGGCGGCGGCGGCGGCGACGGCGACGAUCGAAGUGGCCGGGGACGAUCGAAGGAGGAAGGGGGAGGAGAGCCGGCCGAGGCUGUCGCGAAGGUCGACUGCAAAGCGACCGGGUAGCCGGAAGAGUAUGAAAGAGCCACUCGGGCUGGUGAUGACGAAAGCGAAGGGGAAGGGAAAGGAGGUGGCCCGUUCAUCCGACUCGGAUGACGAACGAGGCGAAAACGAGUUUAAGAAGGGAAGCUCGUUCUAA